AUGGAUAAACCAUCCUGUAUGACCAAAGAUUUUUUAGAAAAAUUGGAAGAAUCCUUUAAGAAAUUCAAGGAUUUAUUAAAUAAAGAGCUUGAUAAUAGUGUAGAGUGCAUAGACAAUGCCUCCAAGACAAGCAGUGGUUAUGAUGACGAAGAAUUUAAUGAUGAUGAACAGGAGGAGGUGACAGAGACUACACGUCAUAUAUCGCUUAAUGAAGAUGAUGAAGACAUUUUAGUAAUAUCGGACGAUGAAGAUUAUAAUGAAAUUUGGGAAAUAGAUUCUGAAUCCUCGGACGAUGAAGCUUAUAGUGAUGAAGAGCCUUGCAGUUCUUGCCUGCAAAAUAAACAAAAGUUGACGUAA